GGUGGCAGGGACAGGGGGAAAGGGGCUUUUCUCUGUAGCCACCUGGAAACAGCCAUGUAAGAUCAGUGGCUUGUCAAGACAGAAGAAAAAUAAUUCGAUUUAUCAUCCAAAUUUGCAACACAGAAGAUUUACCAAAGAACACACUGGAGUAAAAGAGGACGCAUUAAAGUUUGUAUGAAGAAGUGCGUCCCGGAGCUUCAUGGACACGCGUAAAAACACCCAAACUAACUCCAAGAGAAGAAACCCCCUCAAGUUCAGCACCAAGGAUAUCUGCAGUCGGUUUUGAUGUCAGGUGAAGGUGAAGUCAGACUGACGGUAUCUUUAGCCAGGAAACAGACUACAAACUUUACUUUCUGAUCGCUGCGCACUUGGAGUGAGGCAUGAGUGGAGGUCGCUUUGAGUUUGACGACGGUGGGGCUUAUUGUGGAGGCUGGGAGGGGGGGAAAGCCCACGGCCAUGGCAUCUGCACCGGACCCAAAGGCCAGGGCGAGUUCUCCGGAUCCUGGAACUACGGUUUCGAGGUGGUGGGGGUCUACACCUGGCCCAGUGGAAACACCUAUGAGGGGUACUGGUCGCAGGGGAAGCGCCACGGCCUGGGAGUAGAAACCAAAGGACACUGGAUUUACAAAGGGGAAUGGACUCAUGGCUUCAAAGGGAGAUAUGGCAUCCGGAUCAGUGUGGGCAGUGGAGCAAAGUAUGAAGGGACUUGGAAUAAUGGGCUUCAGGAUGGAUAUGGAACAGAGACAUACGCUGAUGGAGGUACUUUCCAGGGUCAGUUCACAGGCGGGAUGCGGCAUGGCUAUGGCGUCCGGCAGAGUGUCCCUUAUGGCAUGGCAGCAGUUGUCCGCUCCCCUCUUCGUACCUCCCUGACCUCCCUUCGCAGCGAACACAGCAACGGCACCGUCCUACAGCAAGACAUCCCUGUCAUCACCACCACCAACGCCUCAGGAGAGGAGACACCCGUCUCAACCCCCACCCAGCUGGGACCGUCCCGCGGAGGCUUCGCCCUCACUCUCCAGGUGGACCCGGAGGCGGUGAAACCCAAGAAGAAGGGCCUGUUUCGAAGAGGCUCGCUACUGGGUAAGCUGAAGAAGUCCGAUUCAAGUACCUCGCUGUCCAGCCAGAAGAGCAAGAUCAGCUUCCUGAGGACCGAAUCUGCUCUGAGCUCCAACGCCAGCGACACCCACUCCACCAUCAGCAUCGGGGACGACAGCCUAGCCGGGGCGGAGGAUUUCCCCCCAGUGGAGGCCGACAUCGACGCCACCACCACAGAGGUGUACAUGGGCGAGUGGAAGAACGACAAGCGCUCGGGAUAUGGAAUAAGCGAAAGGUCCAGCGGGCUGAAGUUCGAGGGCGAGUGGCUGAACAACCAGAGACACGGUUACGGCUGCACCACCUUCGCCGAGGGAGGGAAGGAGGAAGGCAAGUACAUGAACAACCUGCUGGUGAAGGCCGUUAAGAAGAGGGUGAUCCAGCUGAAGGGAACCAAGAUCAAGCAGAAGGUGGAGCGGGCGGUGGAGGGCGCGCAGAGGGCCGCGGCCAUCGGCAAGCAGAAGGCAGAAAUUGCUGCUUCCAGGACGACCCACUCGAAGGGGAAGGCAGACGGAGCGGAGCAGGCAGCUCUGGCCUCCAACAGUGAGUCCAGCAUCGCCCGACUGGUGGCCAAAGAGCUCUCCCCGUCCUUCUAUCAGCCAGGUCCUGAGUAUCUAAAGAAGAGAGUGAUACUUGAGGGCAUAGAGGGAAGUGAGACCACAGAGACCAUCAUGCAUGAGCCUCUCCUGGCCGAGGAGGAGCCCCUGCCCACGCCACCAGAGAGCCCCCUCAUGAAUGAACUGGAUAACCUCAUGCCUGGCUCGUCCCCAGCCCGCACCCCCUCCCCCAGCCCUGGCAUCAUCAGCAAGGAAGACCCCAAGCUCCUCAGUCCAGGAAGCUGGAACGAAGACAAAUCCAUUAAAAGUGGAGGCAGUAAGGGCAGCAGUAAGUCCAACAGCAGACCCAACAGUCGGCCCACUACCCCAGCAACCUCUGUUUCUGCUCCCGCCCCGGCUGCACCUGAGAGCACAGGGGCCCCCGGUAGUCGUGGCCCCUCUCGCACCCCCAGCCGUCAGAGCAGCAAGAACGAGCAGGGAUCUGACCUGGAGAUAAAGCCCCUGCAGAAGUUUGAUUCAGAGGUGCCAGCUCCAGAUGUUACUCCUGCUCCUGUUGCCUCUAUGAGGAAUGGCCUCAUCUCUCAAGACGAAGAAGAAGCGCCGCGCCCCACGUCCAAAGUGUCAUCAAAAGCCGCGACCCCCGAGCCUAAAACCAUCGAGGUCAAACCUGAGAGAGCUCCAUCAGUCCAAGAACGAGCCCCGUCCGUCUCUGAGAACAAAGUGGAGUCGCGGGAGGCGAGCAGGCCGGCCAGCAAAGCAGAAACAAAGCCGUUACCGAAACGACAACCGAGCCCAGCUCCAUCCCCAAGACCUACACCAACUCCUGAACCCAAACCUGCACCAAAGCCAGUGGAGGCCAAAGCCAUUGUUGCCAAAACCGCCGUGAAGGUGGAGCCCAAAGCAGAAGCCAGACUGAGGGCCAUGGUGUUGAGCACAAGUCCUGAGGUGCCUGCAGAGUCUUUGGAGCUGGAGGGCCCAAACACCAUAAUGAUAUGCAUGGUCAUCCUUCUCAACAUUGGCCUGGCCAUUCUCUUCGUACACAUUUUGUCAUGAGACAUCGUCGACCUCAGGUCACCACUCUGCAGAGGUGUUGGAGAGACAGCCUGCCUCCUCCUCAGUUAGGACCAGAGAGAAGAAAGAAGAAGAAGAAGAAGAAGGAGAAGAAGAAGAAGCCUCAUGCAGAUCGCCGCCGCUUUUCUAAAGGUUUUUUCUGGUGUGACUGUGUGAGGCUAUGUGAAGCUCCUCUCUUUCCAGAGGAUUGACAAACUGAAGGACAUGAACCUGAUUCAGAACGUCUGAAUAUGAUGAUGUUUGCAUGUUAGAGUCGGGGCUGGAUUGUAGAGUAUGUCCUCAGUGCUUACACUGGAGAAGCAGCACUAAAGACGUCACAGUGUGUCACAUUUUUGCGAAAAACAAGGAUUUUUAACCCAAUCCUUGAUUGGCACACACUGGCUGAUUAGACCUGAAAGAUAAUUACACUUUGUCACAAGAUGUGUUUGUAUUAUGAAGAAUGUUAAUAACAUACAAACUGAAUAUUCUCUUCACUUUGCCUUAAACUUGAUUGAGACACUGCAGCAGACGUGUGAAGAUUGAAGUUACUGGUACUAUCAUUGUUAUAACCGUCUGCGACGUCAACAGAAAAAGGCCGAAUGCUGAAAUCCAACGCUAACGUUAAGCCGGUGUUUUUGUUUUCAUCUUGCUGCUGCUCUGUCUCUUAAGACUCCAAAGCAUGUAGAGUUACAUUUCAGCUGAAUGCAUUUGAGACUGUGGUGUACUACACUGUGAAACUUUCUCUUUUCACUGGGAUUUAUAUGCAUUAUUGUCAAUUUGCUGCUUUGAUUUGGGAGCCGUAGAAAAGGAGGAAAUAUCGGAAGCUUAUGAGUGUCACUGUACUGUAUGUUAGAUGAGAGCUGUGUAUGUUUCGCAAUAGAAUGAGCAAAGCAAGAAAAGGAUUUAUGUUCAUUAAAGAACAAUCACUGUGUAUCGAUACACAACAAAAGCUGAUGUUUUGGCCGAUUUCAUGUAUGUUUUAGUGUAGAAAACCGUCCAUUCUGAUUCACAUUGCAAUAUUUUCAGGGCCUGUUUUAGUCGAGCCGAAUACAACUUCAACUUUUGUACGCACGAGGGCACUGUGUGUAUGUGUCUGUAUUUUUGUAUCAUUUUGAAGUGCACAUCUUUUCAGCAUUCAAACUAUUCUGUUGUAGGAUGUUUUUUUUUGUCAGAGGCAAUUAUGCAAAGCUACAUUUAUUUAUAUCCCCCAACAGAGUCCGAUUACCUCAUGAUUGUGAGAUGGAGAAAAACAUAUUGAAUGGUUCUUAACUCCAUGUCUUACAGUGAGAAGAGCACUCUCUAGAUGUGCUGUUGAAAUAUUUCUCCCAUUGUUCUUUCAGCCAUUUUACACAUUGCUUUUGAAAAGGUUUUACGGUGAAUUUCAUUUGCAAAUGAACAAACCACUGGCUGUGCAUUGUUUUGAUGCCUACAGUGAAAUUCUACAUUAAGUUAGCUUAAAUAAAUCUCUUAUUUGGCAUGAAUUUCUGCCCAAUAACUGAUCAUACAUUUUUAAAAAUCCAUUAGUUACCAAAGAGGCAAUAGUAAGCGCAAUAGGACUGUAAUCAUUUAGGUCAGUGUAAUGUAGAAUCCAUUUUGUUUUCUGGUUUUAAUUCAUUUAAUGAAAUCAAAUAACCCUGCUCAAAAUCAAGAAGACCAUUUAUUUGUAACCGAACAUGGUGAAAAAUUACAGAACUGAGAAUAAAGAAUACUUUUACAACA